AGAAGAAGAAACUCCCCAUGAUUUGUAUUGAAUGAACGUGCAUCCCUGAUAAAUCACACAAUUUUCAUUCAAACAGAUUUAUUUAGAGACCACUGAAGGCUACCGUUUGGAGUAAUAAUGUCAGGGAUACCUCCAGACACAUGGCAGCCGCCCACAGUGGCUUUGGAGACGACGAUGGGGACGGUAGUGGUGGAGCUGUACUGGAAACACGCACCUAAGACGUGCAAAAACUUUGCAGAGCUCGCCCGAAGAGGCUACUACAACAACACAAAGUUUCACAGAAUAAUCAAAGACUUCAUGGUGCAGGGUGGAGAUCCUACAGGGACAGGUCGGGGUGGUGCCUCCAUAUUUGGUAAACAGUUUGAAGAUGAACUCAACCCAGAACUGAAAUUCACAGGUGCCGGUAUUCUGGCGAUGGCCAAUGCAGGACCGGAUACAAACGGCAGCCAGUUCUUCCUCACUCUCGGACCCACUCAGUGGUUGGAUGGAAAGCACAGUAUUUUUGGAAGAGUAUACCAGGGGAUGGGAGUGCUGAACCGGAUCGGGAUGGUGGAGACAAACGGUCAAGAUCGUCCAAUUGAUGAUGUCAAAAUUCUCAGAGCUACUGUGCCCAAUUAAGCAAAUGUUGAUUUUUCUGUCUUUUUUUAAAAAUAAAUAUCUUUUAAAUUUGUA